GAAAGUGACAGGAGGGUCCUUUUGCAGCAACAGUCGCAACCGGUGGCUCUAGAAGGUUCUGAUCGGAGCAGGCGAUAAUCAGAAUCUGAACCCAUCUGAGGCUAGGCAGUAUUAUUUCAAGUUUGGGACAUACGUGUCCCCUUCAGAGGUCUUUUGUUAACAAUAUCCGACGAAUAUAAGUAGCGAUGCCUGAAAUAGCGUCUGCACCGAGAGCCACAAAUGCUUGGAAAAACAAAGGAGGGGCGUAUGUGGACCGCGACAAGCCUGCCCAGAUUCGGUUCAGUAAUAUCUCUGCUGGAAAAGCUGUGGCUGAUGCCAUCAGAACAAGCCUUGGGCCCAAGGGCAUGGACAAGAUGAUCCAGGAUGGGAAGGGUGACGUGACCAUCACCAACGACGGGGCCACCAUCUUGAAACAGAUGCAGGUCCUCCACCCUGCAGCCAAGAUGCUGGUGGAGCUGUCCAAAGCCCAGGACAUUGAGGCUGGGGACGGCACCACGUCGGUGGUCGUCAUUGCCGGUGCCCUGCUGGACGCCUGCUCCAAGCUGCUGCAGAAGGGCAUCCACCCCACCACCAUCUCCGAGUCCUUCCAGAAGGCGGUGGACAAGGGUGUGGAGAUCCUGACGGACAUGAGCGCGCCGGUGCUGCUGAGUGACCGCGAGACACUGCUGAACAGCGCCACCACCUCGCUGUGCUCCAAGGUGGUGUCGCAGUACUCGAGCCUGCUGGCGCCCAUGAGCGUGGACGCCGUCAUGCGCGUCAUCGACCCGGCCACCGCCACCAGCGUGGACCUGCACGACAUCCACAUCGUGAAGAAGCUGGGCGGGACCAUCGACGACUGUGAGCUGGUGGAAGGCCUCGUGCUGACCCAGAGGGUGGUCAACUCGGGCGUGUCCCGCGUGGAGAAGGCCAAAAUCGGCCUCAUCCAGUUCUGCCUGUCCCCUCCUAAAACCGACAUGGACAACCAGAUUGUGGUGUCAGACUAUGCCCAGAUGGACCGUGUGCUGCGCGAGGAGCGCGCCUACAUCCUUAACCUGAUCAAACAGAUUAAGAAGGCUGGCUGCAACGUCCUGCUCAUCCAAAAGUCCAUUCUCAGAGAUGCGCUGAGCGACCUGGCCCUCCACUUCCUCAACAAGAUGAGGAUCAUGGUCAUCAAGGAGAUUGAGAGAGAGGACAUCGAAUUCAUCUGCAAGACCAUUGGCACCAAGCCCGUGGCCCACAUCGACCAGUUCACCCCAGAGAUGCUGGGCACUGCCGAGCUGGCCGAGGAGGUCAGCCUGGAUGGUUCCGGCAAACUGGUCAAGAUCACAGGCUGCACCAGCCCCGGGAAGACUGUGAGCAUCGUGGUGCGCGGUUCCAACAAGCUGGUGAUCGAGGAGGCCGAGCGCUCCAUCCACGACGCGCUCUGCGUCAUCCGCUGCCUGGUCAAGAAGAGGGCCCUGAUAGCCGGCGGCGGCGCCCCGGAGAUCGAGCUGGCCCUGCGCCUGGCCGAGUACUCCCGCACCCUGGCUGGCAUGGAGGCCUACUGCGUGCGUGCCUACGCAGACGCCCUGGAGGUCAUCCCAUCCACGCUGGCCGAGAACGCCGGUCUCAACCCCAUCUCCACUGUGACAGAGCUCCGCAACCGGCACGCCCAGGGCGAGAAGACGGCCGGCAUCAACGUCCGCAAGGGAGGAAUCUCUAACAUCCUGGAGGAGCUGGUGGUGCAGCCCUUGCUGGUAUCCAUCAGCGCCCUGACCCUGUCCACCGAGACCGUCCGCAGCAUCCUGAAGAUCGACGACGUGGUGAACACUCGAUAAGGACUCUAUCAAUGUAGCAAGACCUUCACUGCGCCUGGUUGUGCCACAAGGGAUCACAGGACUGCUUGCUUGAGACCGCUCUGUCUAGAUGUCCUCUAGUUGUUACGUUACGUAAUUUAAUAAAACUGUUUGUUUUUUUGACACUCCA